GCAUUCCGGUGGGUUUAACCUUUUGCAUCGUUCUCUUUCAAUUUCUAAACAUGGCCAUGGCGGAUGGCUCCGAUUUGGCAGCAGACCUGAGGAAGAGGGUCGAAAUAAUGGCAGACCACAUUGCCAGGAAUGGGGCGGACUUUGAAGCUACAGUCAAACAAAAAAAUGCGAACAAUCCGCAGUUCGCUUUUUUGUAUAACGGCGAGGGCUCUGUGUACUACCAGCAGGUAUUGGCAAGACACCGGGGAGUUCAGGCAGCCAAAGCUCCGCCUCAGGCCAAUCCGCCAGCCGCAGCGAGUCUAGCAACGCUUCUUCGUAGUGGACAGGUGAAUCCGCCACCCCAGCCAAGCCCUGUCCUGCCAAAACCUCCACAACCGACUGUGGUGCAGCCGAGCCUUGUUCAGCCAAGACCGGCCCAGAUGAGCCCCGGCCAUCAAAGUCCCUACCAACAGAACUUGGGUGUUUCCCAGAUGAACCAGGGCCAGAUUGGAAGUCUCACAAACCUACUCCGGCAGGAGGUGAGACCAUCAGGCUUUCAGGCACCAAUGCGGAUUGGAGUUCCACCUGGGCUUCAGACGCCAGAAACUGUACCCGUAGGGAUUCUCUCGAACAUGCUUGCCUCUGCCAGAGACCUCCCCAGGCAAGUUCGGUACAAACCUUUGGAUCCAGUUUCAACCCCGCAAACUUUGCCCAUGGAGGUGCCUUCCGCACAUUUGCUGGGACGUGUCGAAGAGUUCUAUGAUGAGUUGAGAGAUGAGGAGCGUGCGUCCUCGAGUAGCAGCUCAUCACGUUCCAGAUCUAGAGAGCUUGGCUCUGAGAAGGGACAAACUCAUUUCAGAGCUUUGUUUUUUUGGUGCUGCAAGGAGGGAUGGCAGAGACUAUCCAGGCCAUUUUUAUUCUACUAGAAAUGGAGCAAAAUCGAUUGUUAUGGAUUUGUUCUGGCAGGGCAAACAGGAAUGGGAGUGAUGAGUGCAGUCCCUCCUCCUCCGCUAUGUUGAGGGUACUAUGUCGGGUGGAGACUGAAAGCAGGUCGCACCCCCAAGGGCCUUGAGCAAGAC